AUGAAUCGGAUUGGAAAUGUCGAUGUUCCAUCGAUUUUUUGUCCGAAUAACAAAUCCAGAUCCCAUGCAAGUUAUUACACGAUUAGAAACAGGACGAAGUUUGUAUUGACACGUAUCACACGUUAUGUUCCGUUAAAUAUUGUCAACGCUAGCUCGGUAAACACGGUCGACCUGGUUCUCCCGACUACUAAGGAAAUUUUCGAUUUAAGAUCUGCGACUUGGCUCAAAUGCAGCACAAUCUUCAAGACCUUGAUAGGAGAACUAUGGCGAAAAGUUGAUGUCGCAAAAGCUGAAAUUCACCGAAGUAUACGAGAGAAACGGGAAAUGGCGUCUUGCUGCAUCGGCCCGCCGGGACUGAAAGGAUUUCCAGGACAUCCUUCUCCGGAUGGUUUAGAUGGAACACCUGGUCAGCCAGGACGGCUCGGGCGCCCCGCAGAAUUCGACAGUCGUGCGAUAUGCGAACGUGAAUGUCCAGCUGGUGCACAAGGACGUCCCGGGCCUCCUGGUGAAAAAGGAGAGCGAGGUCACCGCGGCAGAAGCGGAUUCCCAGGGAAACCUGCCCUUCCUUCUCGAGCAGGUGAGCCUGGAGAAAUCGGGGAAAAAGGAUUUAGAGGUGUGCCGGGGACACCUGGAGAACCAGGAGAGCCCGGUAAAGUCUAUACUGCUGAUGGACCGCCUGGAAAAGAUGGUGAGCCAGGCCCAAGAGGACCUCCUGGAGAAAAAGGAAGAAGAGGAAAAGAUGGUGAAGAUGGUGUGGAAGGGCCUCCUGGUGAACGAGGCUAUCCGGGAGUGAAAGGAGAGAAGGGUCCCCGAGGGGACAUUGGUCCACCAGGACCUGCAGGUCCAAAGGGCUUGAAAUGGCCGUCAUUGCAUUAUGACGAAACGGCUGUGAUUCUGGACUACCUCUCGUUUCGUGUUCAUAUUCAUUUUUUGAAGACUGAGGUGGGAGCAACCACAAACGAUGCCGUGGAGGAGCAAAUAUUCAAUAUUGUCCAGUCGUCCGCAGAUGGCAUGGAUACGGACACAAUUAGCGCUCUUACGGCUGCAGUUCCAGCAAUAGAUAGACAGAAUGCCAUAAAUAAUCUGUUGGUAACAAAAAGACUCGUGAUUGCGAAAACAUCAGGUGGAGCCCUGCGAUUGAAAGUGAACACAAAUACUCAGUUAACAGGAGCAACCGAUGAGGAACAAGCUAUAUACACUUUGAUAGAAGAUUCAAAACGGAAAGGGAUUUGGAUACGAGAAUUGCGCGAUGGCUCAGGAUUGUCACAAGUUCAACUUCGAAAGGUGUUGAAAUCACUGGAGCAGAAGAAACUUAUCAAGAAUAUAAAGGCUGUAGGUACCACGAAGAAAUGCUACAUGCUUUAUGAUUUGGAGCCCGAUACUUCUUUGACUGGAGGGACAUUCUAUUCGGAUCAGCAAUUGGACUCGGAGCUUAUUCACACCUUGGUCAAUGUUUGUAUAGGUUACAUACAGGGACGGCGCAAACAAGCGAUCGAUAACCACCCCGAUGACCUACAAAUACAGAAGGAACUCAGUGCAGUCCGUCCUCAGGAGAUAGCAGAUUUCGUCCUAGAAAAGCGGGUAUUGAAUGUUUCAAUCACUCUAGAAGAUAUCGAACGGAUCUUGGAUGUGGCUAUAUUAGACGGUGCAGUUGAACGAAGACCAGAUGGAAAGGUGCGGUCGGUGUGGUCGACAACGCGUCCGUCUCCUUUGGUCACCGUUCCCUGUUCGACAUGCCCAGUAGUGGACGAUUGUACUUCUGGUCAUGUAAUAAGCCCCCAAACAUGUAGCGUUAGCAACAAUCUGCUCUACCUAUGGAUGGAUGGAUAUACCUUCAUAAUCCGGACUUCGAAUACUCACAGGCGAAGUAGCAGAGAAGAGGCGGACAUUUCCAGUUGGGGCGGAGCUUAG